AUGGUUUACGGCAAAGAGCAUGCGACUGAAUAUUUGGCUAAAACACCAAUUGCAUUUAUUGGUACUAUCGAUCAAGUGAUUCCGGGAAUAUCCACAAGAUCGAUGCCACCGAUUAAUCAUUACAAAUUAAUUAUGGGCAAUAUUCGAUCGUUACGUGGUUCUGUCGCGACAACUGAAUUCGGUUAUUAUCAACAUGGUGCAGGUCAUUUUCUUCUGCAGGUUAUUCAAAAUCCUGAUGGCUCCGAAACUCUAGGAGAUCAAUCACUACAAGAACAAGUAAAAGAGCCAACAGUUGGUAUCAGUUAUUUAGCAUGUUCGAGUGAUGGACAACAUAUAAAUACGCUAGUUGAAUUAGAUAAUAAUACAAUCGAAGAAUUGCUUAAACUCUCGAAAAUUCCAUUAGGAUGGAGUAAACAAUCCAAUGGACACUAUGAAAGUCCUUGGCAACAUUCUCAUGCAAAAACUGUCAAAUGGCACGAUAAUAAACAAUAUAGUAGUCAUGAUAAAUGCGCAAAAACUGGUCGACCACUACUUAUUACAAGUGAUGAUAUUGCACUUACAUGUGAACCGGUACAAGCAGCUCAUGUCAAAGAAUAUAAAAAUCCCGAUGGUGAUGGUGUUUUUAAACUAACAGUAAAAAAUAAUAGCAGUCGACCUGUUGAAAUUCCUGCAUUAUUACGUGACAGCCAUACGAAAACAAUUCUUUGGGAAGAAAGUGUCUUUGUCAUUACAGAUGCUGGCAAUCACUUUUUUCCAGGUCACGGACAGGCACGUGAUGUUGAACCAACGCUACUUGAACCAAACGAAAGCGUAUCAACAAAAUUAGAUACAUUAACUCUACAUGAUUUAUCGUGGCCUCAAGGUGGCUGGCGGUUACAUCUAAGAUUUUGCUUAGGUGAUAAAGCUACUGAAGGAAGUUACUAUUAUUUUACUGAUCAUCAUGAACCAAUACGCAAAAAUGCUCAGAAAAAAAGUAGUGCUAUUGUUAACUAA